AUGGCGCUUUUCCGAGCUCCUUUGCGAUCUUUGGCCCUGGUGGCUAUUGUUAUUAUCACAAGUUUUGUCGUUCCUGGUUUCAUGGUUAAACACGAAAAUUUUAAGACGUGCUCGCAGUCUGGUUUCUGCAAGCGAAAUAGAGCCCUUGCAGAUACAAUUGUGGAUAAAGCAUCAGCUUGGUCCUCCCCUUAUCGACUUGACCCGCACUCGGUCACCUUCAAGAAUGGGCAAUUGAGCGGCAUAAUCAUCAAGUCAACAACAGCGGACGGCGACGUUCGCCUUCCGCUAGCCGUAACAUUUCUCGAAUCAGGUGCUACGCGGGUGACAAUUGAUGAAGAGAAACGUCAGAAAGGAGACAUACAAUUGAGACAUGGAAGCACUGUAAGGAAAGAGCGGUAUAAUGAGGCUGCGAAGUGGGCGAUCACCGGAGAUGUUACCCCUAGCUUAUUGGCGCAACUAGAGAAAGACUCUGGCAACGGAUACACUAACGUCGUUUUUGGAGCUAAUCAACAAUUCAAGGCCGUCAUCAGACACUUCCCUUUUGGCAUCUCCUUUGAGCGCGAUGGCAUACCGCACGUUAAGUUUAAUGAUCGAGGGCUGCUUAAUGUGGAACAUUGGAGGGCUAAGAUUGAGAAGAGCACUGAUUCUUCGGAUACCACCCUAGAUACAGAAGAUUCAACUCUGUGGGAAGAAUCUUUUGGAGGAAACACCGACUCGAAACCGAGAGGACCCGAGAGUGUUGGUUUAGAUAUUACAUUUCCUGGAUACAAACACGUGUUUGGCAUACCGGAGCACGCCGACUCUAUGUCGCUUAAAGAAACUAGGGGCGGUGAGGGUCAGCACAGUGAACCAUAUCGUCUUUAUAAUGCCGAUGUGUUUGAGUACGAAUUAAACAGCCCCAUGACUCUGUAUGGCUCGAUUCCGUUUAUGCAAGCCCAUCGUGGCGGAUCCACUGUCGGUGUUCUUUGGCUUAAUGCAGCAGAAACUUGGGUUGACAUCGUUAAAAUGAAACAAUCCCCUAACCCACUAUCCCUAGGAGUUGAAGAAACCACAGAUACCCAAACCCACUGGUUUUCUGAGAACGGACUCCUUGAUGUGUUUGUCUUUCUUGGACCAAACCCUUAUGACAUCGCUAAAACCUAUGGGGAGCUUACUGGGUUCACGCAAUUACCGCAGCACUUUGCCAUUGCAUAUCACCAGUGUCGCUGGAAUUACGUGACCGACGAAGAUGUGAAAGAAGUUGACCGAAAAUUUGACAUGUAUCAAAUACCCUAUGAUGUAAUAUGGCUUGAUAUCGAAUACACGGAUCAGAAGAAAUAUUUUACCUGGGACCCACAUACAUUCCCCGAUCCUAUUGGUAUGCAAAAACAGCUUGAUUCCUCGGAGCGGAAACUCGUCUACAUCAUUGACCCACACAUCAAAAACGAGGGCAAUUACCCUGUUGUUGAUGAAUUGAAGAGCAAGAAAUUGGCUGUUAACAAUAAAGAUGGGAACAUCUACGAUGGUUGGUGUUGGCCAGGAUCCUCACAUUGGAUUGAUUGCUUUAAUCCCUCUGCCAUCGAGUGGUGGAAAGGCUUGUUCAAAUACGAUACCUUCAAAGAAACUCAACACAACUCUUUUGUUUGGAAUGAUAUGAACGAGCCGUCGGUUUUCAAUGGGCCCGAAACAACAAUGCCAAAGGAUAAUAUCCACCAUGGGGGCUGGGAGCAUCGUGACGUCCAUAAUCUGAAUGGUAUGACAUUUGUUAAUGCAACUUAUCAAGCAUUAUUGGAGCGUAAACAGGGUGAACUCAGACGUCCUUUCGUACUAACUCGUUCCUUCUAUGCUGGGUCUCAGAGGCUCGGUGCAAUGUGGACUGGCGAUAAUCAAGCGAACUGGGAACAUCUUGCUGCCUCUUUACCAAUGGUUUUAAACAACGGAAUCGCUGGCUUUCCAUUUGGAGGUGCCGAUGUUGGCGGGUUUUUUGGUAACCCAAGCAAAGAACUUUUAACAAGAUGGUAUCAAGCAGGCAUUUUCUACCCAUUUCUUCGUGCACAUGCUCAUAUUGACACUCGAAGGCGUGAGCCAUAUUUGAGCGGGGAACCAUACACUGCAAUUAUCACUCAAGCUUUGCGACUGAGAUACCAACUCCUACCAGCCUGGUAUACUGCUUUUCAUCAGGCUUCGAUUGAUGGCUCUCCCAUCGUUCGACCCCAGUACUAUAUCCAUCCCUUCGACGAACAAGGUUUUGCAAUCGAUGACCAGUUGUACCUCGGCUCUACUGGUCUGCUCGCAAAGCCUGUAGUUACCGAAGGAGCAACUACCGUUGACAUAUAUAUUGCUGAUGAUGAAAAAUAUUAUGAUUAUUUUGACUACACUGUAUACCAUGGGGCUGGAAAAAUGCACACAGUACAAGCACCAUUAGAAAAGAUCCCUCUCUUGAUGCAAGGUGGCCAUGUGAUCCCUAGAAAAGACAGACCACGCCGAAGCAGUGGCCUGAUGAAGUUUGACCCAUAUACCCUCGUUGUCGUCCUAGAUAAGAAUACUAAGGCAGAGGGUGAGCUUUACGUUGAUGACGGUGAAACUUUUGAUUAUCAAGGUGGUGCCAUAAUUCACCGACGCUUUGUCUUCGACAAAUUCGCCCUGUCCUCAGAAGAUCUAGGGAUUAGCGGUAUCAAAACCGCGAAAUAUCUAAAAAGUAUGGCAGAAGUGCGUGUUGAAAAAAUUAUUGUUGUCGGUGCUCCUGCCGAGUGGAAGGAUAAAACGACAGUUUUGGUACAGGAAGACGCUACACCCAAUCCCACGCAAACCUCGUUGGAAUGGCAUAGUUCUGGAGCUGGGAAAUCAUCUUUUGCUGUUAUUAAGGACCCCGGCGUCUCAAUCACCAAAUCCUGGAAGAUAGACUUUUCUUGA